UAUAGUCAACAAGGGUCACCACCCUUCCCAGGUCCACUUCCCAGGACCUACAGUGUCCUCCUUAGCACCAGAGACCAUGGAUAGCCCGUCUCAGCCUCCAGGUGACGAAGGGACUCCCAUUCCUCCAGCCCCGCUGCAGCCAGGUAAGUUCCUCCCUGUGGCAGGAAGCAGCUCCAGCGUUGGGGUCGGAAACAACUCCCCCGAGUUCCUGCAGCUCCCACCGCUGCCCCCACCGCCCAUCUUCAACCAGGCAGCUCUACCAAGCAGCCCGGCCGGGGUGGUCUACAGCCUGCCAGGAUCCAUCACGGCCUCUCCAUCCUCGAGGCUCGUCCAGACCCUUCCGGGUUCCUUUCCAGACAUCUACGACGGAGACAUGAAGAGGUGGGAGGAGCAUUUCCACAGCAUCCAGAGGGCCUACAAAGAGUUUGGCAAAGAGGAUGACUUUGCCAUCCGGGUCCUCACGGAAGAUUUCACGCUCCCCUUCCCUUUCGCCUGGCCCAGCGAGGGCGAAGCGAACCGGCAGACGGCCUACGAUCCGGCCGACUGCUCCGGCUUUGAUUUCUUCCUACACCCUGGGCAACCCAUCCCUCGCCUUCUCCAACCGCUACACGCCACCACGCAGGCCUUCUUCAAAAAGAGGCGUCUGGAGCAGCUAGCCCUCAGUUACGCCAGCAAAGCCUCCCGCGCCGGUGCGCCGGGGCUGCCCUCCCCGCCAGAAACCAGUCCCCCCUUGCGGUCAGACAUCAUGGUCAUCACCAACAUGCCGUGCGUGAGCACCACUGCCGCUAGCGAGCCAGCCUUUCUCCUGCCAGAUGGCAAAAGCCACCGGAAUAUCCAGCCAGCCCCUCUUGCUAUCCCCAGUGCAGCACCGCUGCAGCCAAUCAACUUUCAUUUCAUGAGCCCCACCCACCACGGCCCGUUUUAGCCUUCUAGAACGUUCCGGAUAUUCCUACUGCGCCCCAAAGGGAGACAUAUUUUUAAUGACCGCGGUUGCUGCUCUGUGUGACUUUUUCAUUAUGCUCUCAAUAUUCCCACCCCAGACAUGUGGGGUGUUCUCCAGACACUGACGUCAUGAAGCCGGGAGUCGCUCCCCUAACCUCUCUCUACAGCGACACAGACGUCCAUCUCAGUGCCUGGAUUCAUGUUCCCAUUAAGGAAGAAGGUUAAUAAAAGUCGGUCUGUCUGCUAC